UAAAUAGUGCGCAGCACAGCUGGCCUCUUGCACUUUUCUUGCCAAUUCAUUAGAGUUGGAAGCUGCCGCGCUUCUUGCAAACAGAAGUGGAAAAUCGCUCUGGACUGUUUACACCAGCCUUUGUCACACUCCAAUGGUACAACUGUGAUUAGCGGGAGAGAGCGCCAUUGCCCUGGCAGCUUUUGCGGACUGGACACUUACAGCCUCUGCAGAAAGAGCCGGGACUCGCUGUGACUGAUAACCCCCAAAUUUCAGCAAGCCAGUCAGGCGCACCAGUCAGGCGCACUUUGCUAACUUCGGACUUUUAUCUCCCUAUAGGAACAGCUUUUUUGUCACACAAUCAGUACAACAUUUGUGUUAUGUGGCUGUAAAGUUGUGUGAGAGAGAAUUAGUGGGACUCACUCACCUCUGUGCCCUUGCGCUGCCCCGCACCCCCUCACCCUGCCACCUCUGCACUUGCCCGCCUCUAACCUGGCGUCUCCCACCUCCAGUGUCUGUGUGGGUCUGUUGGUGCUGAGGCAGCUGAGACGAGAACAGAGUGCAGUGAAAUUUUGUUGUUGGCUUCCCAUGCCCCCCCUCCAUUCUCACCAGCACCCAGCAGCAGUUGCAGAACAGACAGUCACUUCCUGAGCUUCUGAUCUCACAGGACUUUAGAGAUCAGUGAUAAUAAAUAGGCGAGCGUGCGAACAGAACCCACUGCCUAUUGCGAGCAAACACCCUGCCGGGCAGAGAGCUCCAGGGGCACAAGGAACUUGCCUACAGUACUGCCCAACUGCAACUGUCAUCUACACCCAGGGACUUCCAUUACUAACACCCUGCUGUUGUAAUGCUCAUUCCCGUAGACCCCAGCACCAGUAGGCGCUUCACUCCUCCAUCCACCUCCUUCCCCUGCGGAAAGAUGGGCGAGAACAACGGGGCUAUCAAUUCGUCUGGGCCGGGCAGGACGCGGGCAGAGAUCCGGACUGUGGUGGAUGUUUUGGCGGAUCACGCAGGAGAGUUGGUCCGGACGGACAGUCCGAACUUCUUGUGCUCGGUUCUGCCUUCCCAUUGGCGCUGCAACAAGACUCUGCCGGUCGCCUUCAAGGUUGUUGCUCUGGGGGAUGUUCCCGACGGCACCGUAGUCACUGUCAUGGCUGGAAAUGACGAGAAUUAUUCGGCAGAGCUGAGGAAUGCCUCUGCUGUCAUGAAGAACCAAGUAGCCAGAUUUAAUGACCUUAGAUUUGUUGGCAGAAGUGGGAGAGGGAAAAGUUUCACUUUGACAAUCACGGUUUUUACAAGUCCCACACAAGUUGCAACAUACCACAGAGCCAUCAAAGUGACUGUCGAUGGACCACGUGAACCAAGAAGGCACAGACAGAAACUGGAAGAACAAUCAAAGCCAUUUUCUGACCGCUUUAGUGACCUUCGGCAAACAUUUAGGGUCCAGCCUAAUUCAAAUCCAAGGGCCACACUGACCAACACAAAUCCCUUCAGCAGUCAGGCUCAGACCCAGAUACAAGGACCAACUGAUUUAAACCCUUUCACCGAUCCCCGUCAGUUUGAGCGCCCAUUCUCAGCUCUUCCUUCUCUCACAGAGUCGAGGUUUUCAGAUCCUCGUAUGCAUUAUCCAAGCGCCAUGUCAUCUGCAUUCUCAUACACUGCUUCCCCAUCAACAACUGGAAUUGGUGGCAUAAGCAUGACUGGAAUGCCAACUACCACACGUUUCCAUCACACCUAUCUACCCCCUCCCUACCCUGGAUCAUCUCAAAACCAAAGCGGACCAUUCCAGACCAAUGCAUCUCCCUACCAUCUGUACUAUGGUACAUCAUCUGGCUCGUAUCAGUUUUCCAUGGUUGCAGGGGAGCGUUCUCCAUCUAGAAUGCUCUCCUCUUGCACUAGUGUGGCUGGGAAUAACCUAAUCAACCCUAAUUUGGCAAACCAAAGUGAUGGAGUAGAUGCAGAUGGUAGCCAUAGCAAUUCACCCACAGCCAUGACCACUAGUGGAAGAAUGGAUGAGUCGGUCUGGAGACCCUAUUGAGAGACUUUGUGAAUACAGCCAUAUAAUCAUGCUCCCAUGGAAAGUCUUCCAGCAGCAUAUGUGGUCAGGGAUGGAACUAUACAUAUUUUUCAUUAUAUGCAAUGAACAAAACAAAUAAUUAUGAGCUAACAAGGACAUCCUAGGAUCGCCACUUACCAUAAGCAUUAUCAUCUCAACGCCUCAUGUAACGCCUAUUUUCUGCAACAAGAUUUUUGUGUUUUGAAACAUAUGACCACAUGCAAAUGAACUGAAUUUUGCUCUAGUUCCUCAUGUAUAUAUGUCGUCAAGUCUUUUGUUUACAGCUAAAUAAUAUGCAUUGCUUCUAUUAUUAUAUUUCCAAUAGUUUUUAGUAGGGCAUCUCACAUGCCAGAGUGAGAUAUUUUUUUAUUGACAUUUAAUUGUACAAUAUUUGCUGAUAAAGUGCACUCAAAAGUCCAUUACUCAGAUGAUCUUAUUUCAGUCGACCCCCCCCCCCUGUGACUUUUAAUUUAUAGUUUUGUAUAGUUUACAUUAAUGCCAGAAUUUAUCCACCCAAUUUUUCAGUUUUUAAUUAAUUUAAUCUUUUGUGCAUCUAUAUCUUGACAUCAUCUUGCGUGUGUCUACAUCUUGCUCAGAAUUUCAAUGGUGAGCCAUGGUUCAAAAACAAUAGCUGUUGCUCCCGCAUCAGUGGAUAUCAUAAGCUUGCUGACUUACAAUGGCUAGCAAGGUAGUUAAAUUGCAAGCAGGCUCCUAUGUGAAAUGAUAUCACAGUCAUAGCAUGUGCUCUUCCGAAAUAAUUAUCUUCAGGUUUUUCAUUAUGAAAAUGUCAUAUUAAUGUACAUUAUACACAUUUAAUGGUUUUGUACAGGCAGUUCCCAGCAGAUUUUUAACUCUCCUAAGCAUUAUGGCUGUGAAAUCCAUUUAAAAAUUGCUUUUAUGGGCAAUCUACCACUCUUGCUGUGUAACCCAGUAAAAAUAUUUACAGCAUCUGCUAUGUCUUUAAUUGGUUGGCAGCCUAGAUAUUCGUGUGUUGUUCAGUGAUAAUAAUAGCAUGCACCAUGAGGUCUAGGAACCGAUAGCAACCAAUCAGAUAUCAGAGUUUUCCAACAGGGUAACUUGUAUGAUUAGUUGCUAUUGAUUAAUAGAGUGGGUACAAAUGUUGCUCCUUCUGUUACAUUACCACUAUUUAAAUGUUUUGUUUUUACAAAUAGUGGGUGAUACAGUCAUAAACAGUGUUUGAUUUUUUUUCUGCUUUUUGUUGUUUUUUGUGAGCUACUCUAACCUGCAACUCAGAGAUGUCAUGCUGUUGUUGAACUUAAAUGAACAACAUCCCAACAGCCAGCUGGGAGAUGCCAUUUAUCAACAGCUGGUACACUGCAAGUUGGACUUCCCUGGGUUACCUGUUUCCAUUACAGAACUGGUAUCUAAUAAAUGUGAUACAGAAAGAAGCUUAAGUUUAGGCAUGCCUUUGCUAUCUCAGGCCAGCUUCUUUAUAUUAGUACCUAAUCAUUUCUGUCAGUAUCGGACAUUUUAUUGUAAUUUGAGUUUGUUCCACUGUGAGCGAUAAUGUUCUUACAAGUCUCAUGUCAGACUGUCAGAGUCCCAUUACUUCUAUUUAUCUCAAUGUUCUCUGCCCAGUGUUGCAUCUCUGUCUGUCUUACCAUCUAUCUAUCUAUCUAUCUAUCUAUCUAUCUAUCUAUCUAUCUAUCUAUCUAUAUCUAUCUGUCUAUUAUGUAUCAUGCAUUCUUUUAUUUUCCUAUCCUUUUUGCGACUGUAAAUUUAUGGUACCAGCACCCUAAACAUAAUAAUAAUAUGAAAAUUAAUAUAUUGCUUUGAUAGAGUUUAUGGCUGAUUGAUUCUGUUUGUAAAAGAAAAGUAUUUGCUUUGCACUAAUUGUGCUUGUUCUCAGCAUAUUAUAUUUCUGGAAAUAAUUUGCAGGCUGACACCUUCAAAGAAUUGCACUCAUAUGUUUGAAUGCAUUUGCUCUUGGUACAGAAACAAAUGUAUUAAAUGCAGGGACAAUCAUGUAACUUAUUAAAGAAUCGCUGCUUUA